CCGAAACCCAAGCCGCAGCCAACAACCACCCUAGGAUCUUCACUCCGCAUUUUACGACAGAUAGUCGAAGAGCCUCAAGAUUCGCCCUGCCUAGCUGCAUUCUACCUCGCGUGUACUCAACCUCGAAGCGUGUACUUUCCUCUGCCGCCCAAGGCGCUCGAACUGCAUGGCCGGAUCGCGGCCACACAGUCGUACUCCUUCCCAAACUCGCAGGCCAGCUGGAGAUGGGGAAGAUUCUGUUCUCGGCGCGGUCCUUGACACGCGCCAGCUGGAAGCCUUCAGUCGAAAGGUGACAGCGACCGCAAGCCACCUCAUGGGGGACAAUGGUUCCGCUCACUACCCUGCUGCCAUGAACAGCAUCUCCCGACAGAUACGACGUCCAGGCAUUCAGAGAGCGGUAUUCUCGUUUUCCCAGCAGGCGCCUUCUGAGCUGGUCAGAGCGAAACUCUCGACUAGUGAAAUUGCCCAUCGAGCCCUUACCUACAUUUCAGAAGACCAACUACAAAACAUUCCCGAAGACGAAAACACGUACUCCCUGUUCCAAGGAUUUCAAGCAUCUUUGCCCGAAGGCGAAUCCGAACAUCGAAAAGGACACCGACGGCGGAGCUCCAAGCAGCACAGGCUUUUGGGUGCGGGAGAUGUUGAAGAGGAUGGCCCUCCGUCAAUACAGAAUCUCAAGAAGAAGAGGAACAGUGUCAAUCACAGAUUGGAGAUGAUGGCUAUACGGAAAAACAUGUGCACCACAGAGAUUCGAGACAUUGACAACAAAAUUGCCAACUUGCACAACAUGCGGAAGCUCGCCGUUGAAAGAUUGGCCGACCUCGAAAACGACGAAGCCGAAGUGGAGCAUGAGCUGCUUGAACUGGACAACAAAAUCGAAGAGAUGCAGGAGGAGCUCGAGGAGCAAGGCGCAAUGGACCAAUCUGCCAGCACCCUCAACGCUCCCCGCGUAGCCACACCCGAGUCUGAGGCAAUGGAUGCCUCCUUCAUGUCGCAGUCCAUUUACGACAAAUUGCCGUCCUCUGCGUCUCCGAAAUCAAAACGUCGGCCAAAAUAUACCAAGAGAAGAUCUAUGCCGGUGUUGCACGAGCACCUCGAACCCGGUUCACACAUCAAGACCAUUCCAGCUCAUAAUGACUCGAUAUCCGCCAUAGAUUUUGAUCAGCCAUUCGGGACUAUGGUCACUUCAGCACUUGACGAUACGGUCCGCGUGUGGGAUCUGAAUCUUGGUCGCUGUAUGGGCUUUCUGGAAGGCCACACUGCUUCAGUUCGUUGCUUACAGGUCGAAGACAAUAUUGUGGCAACUGGAAGCCUUGAUGCCACCAUUCGUCUAUGGGAUCUGAGCCGUGCCAAGUACGAACCCUAUGAACACAAAAUACUCGAAAACGGCGACGAGGACAAAGGCGAUGAAGACGACGGCCUCGGGUUUGGCAACGAAAGUGAAGAUGCUCCCCCUCCACCACCCCCUGAUGCAAUGGAAGAGUGCCCACUCUUUGUGCUUGAGGCUCACGUUGAUGAAAUCACUGCAUUACACCUUCGCGGUGAUAUGCUGGUCUCUGGAUCAGCGGACAAGACACUACGGCAGUGGGACCUGGUGAAAGGCCGUUGUGUCCAGACGCUUGACGUAUUGUGGGCAGCAGCUCAAGCUAGCUCAACGAUAAACAGCACAGAAACGCAGUGGCGGCCAACUGGAAGAUCGGCAGAUUCGAAUGCCGACUUCGUCGGGGCCCUGCAGUGUUUCGACGCCGCGCUGGCCUGUGGUACAGCCGAUGGAAUGGUCCGACUGUGGGAUCUUCGAAGCGGACAGGUCCAUAGGAGUUUGGUUGGACAUACAGGGCCAGUGACCUGUCUUCAGUUUGAUGAUACUCAUCUUGUUACAGGUAGCAUUGACAGGAGUAUCAGAAUAUGGGACCUCCGCACAGGAACGAUUUUUGAUGCAUAUGCCUACGACGCACCCAUCACGAGCAUGAUGUUUGAUUCCCGACACAUUGUCUGUGCCGCGGGCGAGGACGUCGUCAAAGUCUACGACAAGGCUGAUGGGCGCCAUUGGGAUUGCGGUGUCGGCGCCAACACCAGCGUGGAAGAUCGGAUGGCGGGAACCAAGACGAGUGUUGUUGAUCGUGUGAGGCUGAAGGAUGGAUAUUUGAUCGAGGGGAGGAGAAACGGAGAGGUUGGAGUCUGGAAGUGUUGAUGCAUACUAGAGCUGAAGUCAAGCGACGCUGCUUAAAAGACAACAAUCGAUGACUAUAUUUACUCCUACCAUGCCGUUGGACCUCUGGAUCCCCUUGCGGUGUCGACAGAAAACAGAAUAUCACUUUCAAUCAUACUGCCCUGCGCCCAGACGAGUCGGUCUGUUUAUCCGAUUCCAGGUUGAGUCGGCGGGCAUGGGCUCGCCUCUCAGACCUGGCGAAGCCUCCCUAUCUAUGUACAAACAUCAACAAUGCAUAUCUCCUGAUUCAAACAUGUGAUGGCCUGAUCCUUUCACAGAGGCAACGGAUAAGCCUGCUCC